GGGUGGAGAUGUCGAGUGGCGAUGAUGCGGGCUUCUGUGAACCCUCGAGGGUUGUCGCCGCGGCCGGCCGUGCCGGUAUCCUCCAGGUUGACCCACGAAGUAUAUGAUUGCAAGAUGCGCUUCAUUCCAAGUCAACUCGCGACCUUCACCUCGCCUUCAUUGCCAUACCCUAUCCAAUGGCAAUCCGGAAACUCCCCGAGGCUGUAAAUGGCCACUCCGACGACGUUAUCUGGAAUACCGAUGCUUUGAGACUCUCCAUCAAAAUCGAUGAAAACGGCACGGCAUGUCUGAAUUACAUUGUGCCUCGCGGCAAGGAAGCGCCAGCGCCAGCCUCGCCCUUCUUCCAGUCUGCCGCAAUUCCCUUGGAUGGCGUCCGGUCGGUGGGAGAUGGCCAUACCGGCAUCAAGACCUCCAAGGCGCUGCUUGGAAGCAUGAUGUCCGCCCGCAUACGAUAUGUGAGCCAUCAUCAAGGCCGGACGAAAGGGCUCCAGACCUUGGACGUCAUCUCCCGCGAGGACAGCACGGGAAUCGAAAUUACCCACCAUUUCGCAGUGUACGAUGAUGUGCCGGUUUUGAGGAGCUGGGCUACUGUUCGCAACACUGGAAAGGCCGCUGUUCCCAUCACCCAAUUGUCUUCUAUCAGUAUUGGCGGCUUGACUACGGGUACGAAGUCCUGGUGGAACGAGUACUCCCUCCUGACCGGCGGGAAUGCCUGGUUCCGCGAAGCGCAAUGGCAUGAACGGAGCCUGCCUGACCUCGGAAUCGACACACACGGCCUUUUCGAGCUCAACGAAGGCCAUCGAGCUUCGCAAGCACGCUUCACCCUUUCCAACCACAGCUCCUUCUCCACCGGCACGCACUUGCCCAUGGGUCUCCUGAAGCGCAAGGACGACAAUGACACCUGGCUAUGGCAAAUCGAGCACAACGGCUCGUGGAGAUGGGAAAUCGGAGACUUCCAAGACGGCGUUUAUUUGGUGGCGGGAGGUCCAACGCGAAUGGAUCAUGACUGGAGUGCCCCUCUUGCGCCGGGAGACAGCUUCACCACUGUUACGGCUGCUUUGUGCCAUGUCAACAAUUCGCCCGAUGCUGCUUUUGCUGCUCUGACCGAAUACCGUCGGAGGAUUCGCAGACAGCACCAAGAUCACAAGGACAUGCCCAUCAUUUUCAACGACUAUAUGAACUGCCUCAUGGGCGAUCCAACGGAGGAUAAGAUCAAAGCACUAAUCGACCCCGUCUGCAAAGCUGGUGCGGAGUACUUCGUCAUUGACGCGGGCUGGUAUGCAGACGACAGCAACUGGUGGGACGAUGUUGGGCUGUGGGAACCUUCGCCAAAACGAUUCCCUUCAGGCUUCAAGAAUCUCCUGGACCAUAUCCGGGCCAAUGGCUUGAUACCUGGUGUCUGGGUGGAGCCUGAAGUCGUGGGAGUCCGCAGCAAAGUCGGCGAGCAGUUACCGGAAGAGGCUUUCUUCCAGGACCACGGCCAUCGAGUCAUCGAGCGCGGCCGCUUCCAACUUGAUUUUCGACGCAGUGUUGUGCGCACGCACAUGACCAAAAUCAUUGCCAAGCUGGUCGAAGAGUAUGGUGUGGGCUACUUCAAGUUUGACUACAACAUCGAAGUCAUCACCGGCAGUGACGCGGACGGUCUCGCGUGCGGAGCGACUCAUUUGGACCAUCAACGCGCAUAUCUGGCGUGGAUUAACGAACUCCUGGACAAAUACCCCGACCUCGUCAUCGAGAAUUGCUCCAGCGGCGCUCAGCGAAUGGACUAUGCAAUGCUGGCGACUCAUACCUUGCAAUCGACGAGUGACCAGCAAGACCCCGUGCUCUACGCCGCCAUUGCCGCCGCUGUCCCGACAGCGGUCGUCCCGGAACAGAGCGCAACAUGGGCAUACCCACAGCGUGCAUGGAGCGAUGAGGUCAACGCACUGACCGUUGUCAAUUCAAUGCUGGGCCGCGUCCACCUGAGUGGAGAACUCGACCGGCUGGAACCGCAUCAACUCGCACUGGUACACGACGGAAUGAACGUCUACAAAAGCAUCCGGCACGAACUCAAUACCGCCGUGCCGUUCUGGCCGCUCGGCCUGCCGAAGUGGCACGACGAUUGGGUUGUACUGGGCCUCGUUGUGAAGAGUGGGGAUAUCUUGCUUUCGAUUUGGCGACGAGGCGGGCCGACGACUCGCAGUAUUACGCUACCCAUCCAGCAUACGGCUGGGGAGCAUGCUGCCCGCCUCCUUUACCCGUCGAAAUUCGAGUGCCAUACACAGCUUGUGGGGGACAAGUUGGAAAUCCGUUUACCGGCGGACGUCUGUGCUCGAGUGCUGCGAAUUAGCCGUGCCGGGUGUUGAAUGAGUCGGCAGAUGCACUAUUUACAAUCUAGAAAAUAAGAGUGGUUUUGCA